UCCGUCGGUUUCCGUCGUUCCCGGAAGUGUUUUGUGCAGCGGACACCGCAAACACUCGCAACAGCAUCACCGGUUCAAACAAAUUCGGUCGUUUCACCGUUUAACGUGAACUAAACAACAUGUCCGCUGGCGGCCGGUUGGAGAACGCCAACCCGGUGAUCUUCCAGCGGUCCGGGGAGCGGCUGCUAACGGCGUCGGAUGAGGACGAAGACGUGCACGACCGGAUCGACGACAGGGAGAUAUUCGAUCUGAUCAGAUCCAUCAACGACCCAGAGCAUCCUCUGUCUCUGGAAGAACUCAACGUGGUGGAGCAGGUCAGAGUCAAGGUCAAUGAUGCCGAGAGCUCAGUGGGCGUUGAGUUCACGCCCACCAUCCCUCACUGCAGCAUGGCGACGCUCAUAGGGCUGUCAAUCAAAGUCAAGCUGCUCCGCUCGCUGCCAGACAGGUUCAAAAUUGAUGUCCAGAUCACUCCUGGGACUCAUGCCUCAGAGGAAGCAGUGAACAAGCAGCUGGCGGACAAAGAGCGAGUGGCAGCGGCUCUGGAGAACUCGUCACUGCUCGAGGUGGUCAACCAGUGUCUGACCACCAGGAGCAUCUGAGCAGUCAAUCAAGCUUUGUUUUGUUGUCUUUCAGCUUUUUUAAAAGUUAAUUUGCAGCAGAACCUAUCUGAAGAGCCAGACCUGAUAUGCAUCUGCCAAGUUGUUUCUCUCUCUGUCCAGUCCUGGUAUAUGAACAGCUGCUUCUGCUGGACGUUGAUGCCACAAAGCAAAGUCGACGGUUCCAGUGAAAACUAUAUUAUGAUAAUAUAAUAUAUUUGUCAUCAUCAUGAAGAAUAAUCUGGACAAAGCAGUGGAUUAAUUCCCUUUUGUGAAUUUUAGAGUUGUUCAGAAUGAGAAAGUGAAGAAAUUCUACCAGAUAGUUUCUUCCUUAAGGUUAAUGCCUGUUUUAUAUUAUGAAAUUUGUAUUGUAACAUGUAUAAACAUUAUUUGGACUUGC